AAACGCGACGAGGGUGUCGUUGAGUGAACACGGGAGCUUUGCCUUUCAUAAACUUAUUCGCUUAGCUUUUUCUAAUGGUCUGGUACAUAAAUGACACAAACUAUUAUCUGCAAUUUGUCAAUACUGAAUGCUUGGAGCGGAGAACCUAGAAGGGAAUAGAGUAAAGAUUCAUUCGGUGCUUGAAAAGACCCGGAGGGGAGUGUUGAAUAGAGCUGAGCUGAGAACCGUUAGUCAGGGUCAGACGUCUUCUAAACAUUUCUAACAAGGUCUUUGAAAAUAGCAAGACACUCGCUGAAGAGGAAGUUUCUUGUAGCGUAAGAAUGGAGACUACAGAGUAUGGAGGAUCUGUACUUCUAUUCUUCUGCAAUGGCAAAAAGGUCAUUGAGAAAAGCCCUGAUCCAGAAAUGACGCUUCUAGUUUAUCUCCGCAAGAAAUUGGGUUUAACUGGAACCAAGCUGGGAUGUGCUGAAGGAGGAUGUGGAGCUUGCACCGUCAUGGUGUCAUCGUAUGACAGAAACACCAGCAAAAUAGUUCACCAUGCAGUGAAUGCCUGCCUAGCUCCUGUGUGCACUGUACAUGGUGCUGCGGUGACCACUGUAGAAGGUAUCGGAAGCACCAAGACCAAACUACAUCCAGUCCAGGAACGAAUUGCCAAGGCUCAUGGGUCACAGUGUGGUUUCUGUACUCCAGGCAUUGUCAUGUCCAUGUAUGCGCUACUGAGAAACAAACCCCAACCAACCAUGGAUGACAUUCAUGGUGCCUUCGAGGGGAAUCUGUGUCGUUGUACCGGGUACAGACCCAUUCUGCAAGCUUACAAGACAUUCACUAAGAAGGGUGGCUGCUGUGGCGGAGGUAGCGGAGGUAGCUGUCAGAAUGGUCCGUGUCAAAGCAACAAUGCCGACAACAAAGAGGAGUCAGGUCUGUUGUUUGACCCCAAGGAAUUCUCCAAGUAUGAUCCUUCUCAAGACCUCAUCUUUCCACCAGACCUAUUGCUUAGUGCAAAUGAACCUGCACAGACAGUUCGCUUCCAAGGGGAACGUGUGACAUGGUACCAACCGGUGACCUUGGAUGAACUUCUUGACCUCAAGGUCAAAUACCCUCAUGCAAAGCUCAUUGGUGGUAAUUCAGAGAUUGGCGUUGAGGUUAAAUUUAAGAACCAGCUCUAUCCGGCCUUGGUAUCAGUGACCCAGAUACCUGACCUGACCCAGAUAAAGGUCACUGCUGAUGGAGUGGUUGUAGGGUCAUCGGUCAGUCUAACACGAAUGGAUGAAUUCUUUAAAGGUUAUAUCAAUGAGCACCCUGGUCACACAACCAGAAUAUUUGCUGCCAUUGUUGAAAUACUGAGAUGGUUUGCGGGUCCACAGAUCAGAAAUGUCGCUGCUGUUGGAGGCAACAUUGUGACUGGUAGUCCCAUCUCAGACUUAAACCCCAUAUUCAUGGCUGCUAGGUGCACCUUAGAAUUGGUAUCAAAAUCUCAAGGUUCAAGACAUGUUGUGAUGGAUGAGAACUUCUUUACUGGAUACAGGAGAAACAUUAUCCAACCUGAUGAGGUUCUUAAAUCAAUAACUGUUCCAUUCACUAAAGGGAAUGAGUACUUUAAUGGUUACAAGCAAUCACCUCGACGUGAAGACGACAUCGCCAUUGUGAAUGCUGGUAUGAGAGUGGUGUUGGAUGAAGAGAGUAACAUAAUCCAGGAUGUGAGUCUAGCAUAUGGAGGCAUGGCAGCUACUACUGUACUAGCUCUCAAGACCAUGCAGAAACUACUUGGAAAGAAGUGGGAUGAGUCGAUGCUUGAAGCCACUUUCUCGUCCCUUGCUCACGAUCUACCCCUCCCUGCUGGUUCCCCUGGGGGUAUGGAGUCUUACAGGAAAUCUCUAACCGUCAGUUUCUUCUUCAAGUUUUAUCUCAUGGUUUUGGAACAGAUUUCAGCCAAUCAGCCGUCAAUCACCAGUGAAAGCAUUCCAUCCAACUUUAAAUCGGCUACUUCAGUACACCACCAGCAAGAAAUAAAUGCUACACAAUUCUAUCAGGAGGUUGCCCCAGGACAACCCAAACAAGAUCCUGUUGGACGUCCACUUGUCCACAAGUCUGCUUACAAACAGACCACCGGGGAAGCAAUCUACAUUGAUGAUAUGCCUAGUAUAGCAGGUGAGCUGUAUCUGGCUUUUGUCAUGAGCCAGAAAGCACAUGCAAAAAUCAUAUCGGUUGAUCCGUCCAAGGCGCUGUCACUAGAGGGCGUGCAUGAUUUUGUAAGCCACAAGGAUGUGUUGGGGAGUAAUCAAGUAGGAUCUGUGUUCCGUGACGAAGAGCUGCUGGCAUCAACAGAGGUUCACCAUGUAGGACAGCCAAUAGGAGCUAUAGUAGCAGACACACAGGCCUUGGCACAGAGAGGAGCAAAACUAGUACAGAUACAGUAUGAGGAAUUAGAACCUAUUAUUACUAUUGAGGAUGCCAUUGCCAAGCAGUCUUUCUUCCCUAUCACCAAAGGCUUACAGAACGGCAAUGUUGCAGAGGCCUUGGAGAAGUCCGAUCAUGUGAUCGAGGGUGAGAUGAAGGUCGGAGGUCAAGAGCAUUUCUACCUUGAGACGCAGUGUGCCUUUGCCAUCCCUAAAGGAGAGGAUGGAGAGAUGGAGAUCUUCCUAUCGACACAACAUCCCACAGAAGCUCAAAAAAUCACCUCCAUAGCUCUGGGUAUCCCAUUCAAUCGUGUUGUAUGUCGUACCAAGCGGAUCGGAGGAGGGUUUGGAGGCAAGGAAAGUAGAAGCUCGAUGCUAGCUGCAAUAAGUGCUCUGGCUGCAAACAAACUGAACCGACCUGUGAGGUUUAUGAUGGACAGAGAUGAGGACAUGAUGUCAACAGGAGGUAGGAAUCCCUUCCUGGGUCGCUACAAGGUUGGUUUUACCAACGAGGGCAAACUCACUGCUUUGGACAUUGAGAUGUAUGGCAAUGCUGGAUUCAGCUAUGAUCUCUCUGCUGCUGUACUGGAAAGAGCAGUGACUCAUAUUGACAAUGUCUACCACUUCCCUGUCACGCGGGUCUAUGGUCGUCUCUGUCGGACCAACCUACCGUCCAACACAGCAUUCCGAGGCUUUGGUGGGCCACAGGCGAUGGUCAUCUGUGAAUCCUUCAUGACAGACAUCGCCAUCAAGUUAGGGCUCUCACAAGAAAAGGUGAGAGAGUUGAACUUCUAUACGGAAGGUGAUGUGACCCCAUGUAAGCAGGUAUUGACUGGAUGCCAGCUGACACGAUGCUGGGACCAGUGCCUUGAGAAGAGCAACUAUGAAACCAGAAGGAAGAAUGUGGAUAUUUUUAACAGUGAGAACAGAUGGAAGAAGAGAGGUCUUGCCAUAACUCCAACCAAGUUUGGUAUAGCCUUUACUGCUCGCUUCCUGAACCAGGCCGGUGCUCUUGUCCACAUCUACACCGAUGGUUCCGUCCUGGUGACCCACGGUGGGAUUGAGAUGGGUCAGGGGCUUCAUACCAAGAUGAUCCAGGUCGCAUCAAGAACUCUAGGUAUCCCGGAGAGUAAGAUUCACCUGUCAGAGACUGACACCAGUAAGGUACCCAACACCUCACCCACGGCCGCCAGCACUGGGUCUGAUCUCAACGGCAGGGCUAUCGAGAAUGCUUGUCAGACUCUUGUACAGAGAUUAGAGCCUUACAUGCAUGCCAGCCCUAAAGGCAACUGGGAUGAGUGGGUUGAUGCAGCAUAUAGGGACAGAGUGAGCCUAUCUAGUACAGGUUUCUACAAGACCCCUGAUCUGACGUAUGACUGGGAGAAGAACGAAGGCAAGCUGUUCAAUUAUUUCUCUUGGGGUGUGGGUGUGUCCGAAGUGGAGAUCGACUGCCUGACUGGAGAUCAUCGCACUCUCAGGACGGACAUCGUCAUGGAUGUCGGAAACAGCAUCAACCCUGCCAUCGACAUCGGCCAGAUUGAAGGUGCCUUUACCCAGGGCUAUGGAUUGUUCACCCUUGAAGACCACCGAUGGAGUCCUAAGGGUCACCUUCUGACCAGGGGACCAGGCUUCUACAAGAUACCAGGCUUUGGUGAUGUACCUCCAGAGUUCAACGUGUCCCUCCUGCAGAACGCCGCAAACCAUAACAACACUUGUUCUUCAAAGGCUGUUGGUGAGCCUCCUCUCUUCCUUGGCUCCUCUGUCUUCUUCGCCAUCAAGGAUGCCAUCUUGGCGGCCAGAUCUGAUGAAGGCCUGGGAAACUUCAUGCUCCACAGUCCAGCAGUGGCUGAACGAAUUAGACUAGCCUGUGUCGACCAAUUCACAAAAUGGUUUCCAGAUGCCGAACCAGGAACGUACACACCUUUCUUUGUGAGACCCUAGACGGAAUGGACAGGCUCCCAUGCCAAGUUCUGUUCUGUAGUGCUUAUGUGUGGUAUUUCCAGAAGAACAUUCUACUACUUAAUAAUAAUAACUCUUAACAGCAUUCUCGAUAUCUUGCACAAAUUUCUAUGAAUAUUUCUGAUGUUUUGUCAACUAAAAUCAUAAAAUGUAAUUCUUGAAGUCAUGCAUGCUUCAUUAUUGUAUAGACGUGCUUUAUAUUUAAACAUACGAAUGUCUGCAUUAAUGCCAUAGAAAUCAUAAGUACAUGUAAUUGAUUUAGUAAAUUUUGAAGAUCUUGAAAAGAUCAAACUGUUAUAAAUCAUGUUAUCAAAGUAUUUUAUACCAAAAUAUAGAGUGACUGUAUUUAUGGAAUUGAGAUAAUCUAUUAACUAUUUAACAUACAUGCUUACCGGUAUAACUUAUUCAUCGUAUAUAACUAUCAAGAAUAUUGCAUUUCUUUUUUUCAAACAUUAUACCUAAAUCAUGUCAAUAAACAAUAAGAUUAGCUUGGUGGAUACAUGUACAAAACGGGUUGAAGUCCAUACCGUCCAUUUGGAGCCAGAAGGGCAUUAACUCACAUUAACUUGUAUACUGGCUCGGAAUAUAACGGUUUUAUAUUAAUCUAAUCAUGCUGUGUUAAACUACCUAAUCUCUACUUUGCAAUUCACACACCCCGAGUUCUACGAUAUCCGGAAUCCUGUGUACAAGGCACACUUUCUUUAAUUCAUGAACAUUUGGGACGUACAUGUACCUUCAAAACAGGAUUCAGUGACUUAUGAUGAUGUUGUGGUAUUUACACGAGUCAUAUGAAUCUCAUGAAGGUGGGGCUCUGUA